CACACGUCUUGGAUUCAUUCACUUCGGAAGUCACGGUCAAACACCCCUAAAUCGAUUGUGUGUUUAAGCAUAGAAAUGGAAGCAAAAAACGGGAGGUUGGGAGCUAAAAACAGAGUUUGACGAUGAUAUAUUGAUAUUCAUAGUAUUAUGAUAUCAUAUGCCAUUUUUGUAAUCAGAAACAAGAAGAGGGAAAAUUCAAAUCCGAUUCUCACUUUCAGUUGUAAUUUCAGCAAUUUUCGGUUUCUUAAUCUCCAAAUUUCAAUUCAACACCUACCGGUUGCAGAUGAUAUAAUUAUAAAAUAAAUUUUCCACCAUCGUCAUCGUCAUCAUAAAUCAUCAUCAAGUAUAAUACCUACUACUAAGACUGACUUCUCCUGUAUUAUUCAAUCUCUCUCACUUCCCUUAUCCUUCACCCUUACUACUUCUUCCAUGGCGCAUGAUAGUGACCUCCCUUGCGACGGAGAUGGCCGGUGCAUGAUCUGCAAAAUCAGUCCACCGUUGGAAGAGACGCUUACUUGCAAGACCUGUGUUACGCCUUGGCACCUCAACUGUCUAUCUGCUCGUCCACAAACCCUAGCCGAUGCUGCCCAAUGGGAGUGUCCAGACUGUUCAAUUCUCAUCUCAUCUCACCCGCCUCCGUCCACAGUCACAUCGGGAUCUGAACCUUCCGCUGCGCUGAUUGCGGCAAUUCGCGCCAUCGAAUCUGAUGUCUCGCUCUCUGAACAAGACAAGGCCAAGAGACGUCAGCAAUUGCUGAGUGGAGGAGGAUCCGAUGAUGGUGAUAAAGCAACCAAUGCCAAUAAUGAGAUCGGCGUCGGCGGUGAUAGUGAUGUUCUGAAGCUUCUCAGCGGCAGCUUGAACUGUUCGUUUUGCAUGCAGCUCCCGGAGAGACCCGUCACGACACCCUGUGGUCACAACUUUUGCUUGAAGUGCUUUGAGAAAUGGGUAGGACAGGGGAAAAGAACUUGUGCCAUAUGUCGAACUUCAAUUCCUCCUAAAAUGGCAAGUCAGCCUCGAAUCAAUUCAUCACUUGUAAUAGCAAUCAGAAUGGCGAAGUUGACCAAGUCAAAUGCUGCUUCAGGGCCACCUAAACCCUAUUAUUCUGUUCUAAACCAAAACAGACCAGACAAAGCUUACACCACUGAUAGAGCAAAGAAGUCAGGGAAAGCCAAUGCAUGCAGUGGAAAGAUAUUUGUAACAGUUCCACCUGAUCAUUUUGGACCCAUUCUUGCAGAAAAUGAUCCUGAAAGAGGAACAGGUGUUCUUGUUGGUGAAACUUGGGAGGAUCGUAUGGAAUGCAGACAAUGGGGGGUUCAUCUUCCUCAUGUUGCUGGGAUUUGUGGUCAAUCUCAUUAUGGUGCACAAUCUGUUGCACUAUCUGGAGGAUAUGAAGAUGAUGAAGAUCAUGGAGAGUGGUUUUUAUACACUGGAAGUGGUGGGAGAGACUUGAGUGGAAAUAAAAGGACAAACAAGACACAAUCUUUUGAUCAGAAGUUUGAGAAAUAUAAUGAAGCUUUACGAGUUAGUUGUAGAAAAGGGUAUCCAGUACGCGUUGUGAGGUCACACAAAGAAAAAAGAUCUGCAUAUGCACCUGAAAAAGGCGUAAGAUAUGAUGGCAUUUACAGGAUUGAAAAAUGCUGGAUGAAACCUGGAAUCCAAGGUUACAAGGUAUGCAGGUAUCUCUUUGUUCGUUGUGAUAACGAUCCUGCUCCAUGGACAAGCGAUGAAAAUGGGGAUCUCCCAAGGGCUUUGCCUUCCAUUAAAGAGCUUAAAAAUGCAACUGAUGUAACAGAGAGAAAGAGCACUCCAUCUUGGGAUUAUGAUGUGGAAAAAGCUUGUUGGCUAUGGAAAAUAGCUGCACCAGAAAGUAGAAAGCAUACAGAUAAUGGAGAUGUUGAAGAUGGAAAUAGUACAAGGAAAGUUCGCCGUAAGACACAAACAAUGUCUGUAAGUGAACGGCUCCUGAAAGAGUUUUGCUGUUUUAUCUGUCACAAAGUGAUGAGUCUCCCGCUUACUACUCCCUGUGCACACAAUUUCUGCAAGUCAUGUUUACAGGAAGCUUUUGCUGGGCAAACUUUUAUGAAAGAGAGGACAUGUGAAGGGAGACGAACACUUAGGGCACAAAAGAACAUCAUGAAAUGUCCAUCAUGCUCUAAUGACAUUUCUGAAUUCCUCCAGAAUCCACAGGUUAAUAGGGAAUUGAUGAGUGUGAUAGAAUCGCUUCAGAGGCAGAUGAAAGAGACUGAGAAAAGUGAUGAUAUUAUAGCUUUAGAGGGAGUCAAGGAUACUGAUGAUGAUAAAAAUGUAUUAGUUGCAGAAACUUCACAUAAAAGCAUUAAAAGCAAAGUUUAUUAG